AUGCGAUUUCACGAGGUUAUCACUCAGAUGUCAUCCUAUGCCAAAUUCCUGAAGAACAUUCUCACAAAGAAGCGCGUCAUCGAAAAGGAAACCAUCACGCUUAAUCCCGAUGCCAGUGUAAGUCUCCUACCACUCUCCAUCUACAAGAAACUCAACGUGGGAGAACUUAAACCGACUCGCAUGGCUCUUCAACUAGCUGAUCAUUCUGUCAAAUAUCCUCUGGGUAUUUUCGAGGACGUCCCGCUGAAAGUCGGCGAUUACUACGUACCGGUCGAUUUCGUUGUGCUUGACAUGGACGAAGACGCCAAAAUCCUGAUUAUUCUAGGGUGCUAG